UACUUCUAGGAGAAUUACUGAAGAAUUAACACGUAUUUUAAAUUAAAACAAAAUGUCCAAGAUUGUGAUUAUCGCCCUUGCUUUGAUCGUCGCCGUAUCAGCUGGAGGAUACGGACAAGGACAAUACGGCCACGGUGGUAACCACGAGAACCACGACAGCUACCCACACGUCCACCAACAAGGUGGAUAUGAGCACGGUGGUCACGGAAGCCACGGAAGCCACGGCGAACACGGCAGCCACGGCAGCCACGGUUCCGGCGGUAGUCAUGGAGUGAACGGCGGUCAAGGACAUCACAGCGGCCACGAAGAGCAGAGAUAUGGCCACGGGCACCACUAAUUAGGAUUUAAAAACUCUAUAAUAAGGAUAAGAAUUUUCACUGUCCCCCAACUUUGAGGCGCAACUAAAUACAAAAAUUAGUUUAAUGAUCAAAUAAAACUUUUGUUGCGUA